AUGGCGGCGGUGAGAUUAGCGGUGGGAAGGCCGCAAGUGGAGGAGGUCGCAGGAGGUGUCGCAGUGCAGCUGCACGAACACGUCGUCAGGCGAGACUGGAGUUGCAGGCUGCUGGUUCGGGAACCGAAUCCGAAACUGCCGAACGUUCCGGGAGUGAAUGUGGAGGUAGGAGAACUGGUGAAAGGGCUGAAACUGCUGAACGUUCAGGAGACGAAUGUGGAGGUAGGAGAACUGGCGAAUGGGCUGAAACUACUGAACGUUCGGGAGACGAACAUGGAGGUACUGAUACUGCCGACCGUUCGUUUCCCGAACGGGGAGGUAAGAAAACUUCCAAACAUUCGGGAGUUGAACGGGGAGGUAGCCAUACUGCCGGCCGUUCGUCUGCCCGAACAGGGAGGCAUAAAAACUGCCGAACGUUCAGUUUUUGUGUCCUCUAUUACAGGGAAUGAAGGAGAAGUGUCUGCUGGUGACAGGAAUCCGGAAAAAAAUGGCCAUUACAGGCAGGGUCCAGCGGAAUAA